UCCAAAAGAAAACAAAAGAAAAAAUAAAAAUUAAAAAAAAAAGGAAAAAAGAAAAAAGAAAAAAAAAACCCUAACCAGCUCGAAAUCAAGAACCCUAAUAUCAUCUUUUCGUCUCGUUUUUCAUUCUUUUUUGAAUUUUUUUAAUUUUCCAAUCGAUGGGGCUUUGGGAAGCUUUCCUCAAUUGGCUGCGAAGCCUCUUUUUCAAGCAAGAAAUGGAGCUAUCAUUGAUAGGACUUCAGAAUGCAGGGAAAACAUCACUGGUUAACGUCAUUGCAACCGGUGGAUAUAGUGAAGAUAUGAUUCCUACGGUGGGAUUCAACAUGCGGAAGGUAACUAAAGGAAAUGUUACAAUAAAGUUGUGGGAUCUUGGAGGCCAGCCGAGGUUUCGCAGUAUGUGGGAGCGAUAUUGCCGAGCAGUCUCUGCAAUUGUGUAUGUCGUUGAUGCAGCAGAUCGUGAUAACUUGCCCAUCUCAAAAAGUGAGCUACAUGACCUGUUGAGCAAGCCCUCUUUGCAUGGGAUCCCUUUGCUGGUACUUGGAAACAAAACCGACAAGCCUGAAGCUCUUUCCAAACAAGGUUUAACUGAUCAAAUGGGACUGAAGUCAAUCACCGACAGAGAAGUGUGUUGCUUCAUGAUCUCGUGCAAGAACUCAACCAACAUCGACCAUGUGAUUGAUUGGCUGGUGAAGCAUUCCAAGUCGAAGAACUAAAAAGAUAAAAAAGACAAUCCCUUCUCUAGUACUGCGAAUCUCGUGUGCAUUCUGUGGAUUUUGGGAGUGGCUGCAUUGCAUUAGUGUUGGUGGUGGUGGUGGUGGUGUUGUGAGAUGUGAUCUUGGCUAACCCAGCUUCUGAUCGAUCUGAUCUGACCGUUGUCUCUUCCCUCUUCUUGUUUGCUUCUUGUACUAUGUAAUCUUAUUAUUUUUCCCUUUUGAUUGGGAGUAUCUUUGGAGGAAUCAGUGUUAUUUUUAGCUCUCUGAUUGGGGGAUCGGAGAGAGGAUGGGGGUUGUUUGAUGGUACUGAUGUGUGUGUAUAGCAUUAUCAUGUCUAUUUGCAUUUGGAGUGUUUGGCAUUA